UGAAUUUCAAUAUAGCCGAGUAUUAAAAUAGGUUGCCCGUUUAAUAAUCGGCAAAAAUCUUGAGAAUCUUUCCCCUUUUGCUUGUUCUAUUUAGUCGUAUUCCGUGGACAACCAUUAUAUCCAAUGGCAGACAGAGAUACAGAUGAGUUAAACAUCGAUAACGUAAUAAAAAAAUUAUUAAAAGUACGAGGCGAAAAGCCUGGUAUGAAUGUACAGUUGACGGAGAUAGAGAUAAAAGGGCUAUGCUUAAAAUCACGAGAAAUUUUCUUGUCACAACCAAUAUUACUUGAAUUGGAGGCCCCUUUAAAAAUCUGCGGAGACAUCCACGGACAGUACUAUGACUUACUAAGACUGUUUGAAUAUGGAGGAUUCCCUCCUGAGUCUAACUAUCUCUUCCUCGGAGACUAUGUUGAUCGUGGAAAGCAGUCACUGGAGACCAUCUGCCUGCUUCUAGCGUACAAGAUAAAAUAUCCAGAAAACUUCUUCCUUUUAAGAGGCAACCAUGAAUGCGCUAGCAUUAAUAGAAUUUAUGGAUUCUAUGACGAGUGCAAACGGAGGUACAACAUCAAGUUAUGGAAAACUUUCACAGACUGUUUCAACUGCUUACCGGUAGCCGCGAUAGUGGACGAGAAAAUCUUCUGCUGCCACGGCGGACUGUCACCUGACCUACAAGCGAUGGAGCAAAUCCGGCGGAUCAUGCGACCGACAGACGUGCCCGACCAGGGAUUGCUAUGUGAUUUGCUCUGGUCCGACCCGGAUAAGGACACCGCGGGAUGGGGAGAGAACGAUCGUGGUGUCAGCUUUACUUUCGGCACUGAGGUGGUAGGCAAAUUUUUGUCGAAACACGAGUUCGACCUGAUAUGCCGCGCGCACCAGGUCGUCGAGGACGGCUACGAGUUUUUCGCCAAGCGGCAGCUGGUCACGCUUUUCUCCGCGCCCAACUACUGCGGAGAGUUUGACAAUGCGGGUGCCCUUAUGUCAGUGGACGAGACACUAAUGUGCUCCUUCCAAAUCCUAAAGCCAGCAGACAAACGCAAGCUGUACUCCGGCCUGAACAUGGGCCGGCCCAACACACCGCCCCGGGCGCAGCCCAAAAACAAAAAGAAAGAUACAUGAAGAUGGGCAAACCGCAUCAAAGUUAACCGCCCGGGCAGCGCCGACUUGCAUGGAUUCCCACUCCACGUAGCUUCUGUAAUUUUACACCGCUCCGUUGUUUUCAAGGCUCAGAAUAAAUUCGUUGCACAUAAAUACACAUGCCUUUUACCAGAUAUUGUUGAGCUGGAUAAAUAUUAAUUUAAUUUUACAUUUAUGUAACUAUUGAAUUCAGUAAUUUCUCAAGAUGAAAGAAUCUUGAAUCUUGGAAAUUAAACUACUGUAUAAUCUAAAAAUUACAGCUGAUAUACACACAACAAAAAUGUCUAGGGAUCAAGGUAUUUUUUUUAUAAAUAUUUGAUUACCCUAUUAAAAUAUAACGAACGUAUGUAUAUAAAUCUAUUUAUUCUACAAUUAUGAAAAUUAUCGGAAAAACCAUUGGUGUAAAAAAAACCCGAUUUUCAGUCAUUGGAAAAAGCGUGCUUGAACCCUGGACACUUUUGAUGUGUGUACUUUUUAUGAUUAUACAUAUGUUCACGGCAACAGUAUCUUUCUAAUAUUUAAACAUUAAAACCAAUCAUAAAGACAACGGACGGUGUACUUUUUUACCAGAAACUUUGUUUUGGUAUAAGUUUUUAUUAUGAAAUUUGUAAAUCACGCAAAAAGAGAUACCUGC